GAGAAGAACGACCACAACAGCAAACUCGGUCCCGAAGACAGGAGUGGCGGUCGACAAUGAAGGCUCGAAUCGAGGAUGGCAUCGUAUAUUCGCCCUAUCCUGAAGUUGAAAUUUUCAAUUGUUCGUUCUUCGAAGCAACAAAGAAGGCGUGUCUCACGGAUCCCGACAAGCCUGCUUUGAUUGACGAUUCCGUAACACUCACUAAAAGUGAGUUUGUCGCUCGGCUAAGGCGUUAUGCUGCGGGUUUGCAACGACAUGGCGUCCGGCCGGGUGAUCGCAUCUGCGUCCACGUGGGCAACAGUGUUGACAACUUCGUAGCCAUGUGCAGCUGCUUAGUGGCUGGGGCAAGCAUCGUCCUCGCCAAGCCAUCGCUCACCGAGAGAGAACUACGAUACCAGAUUACGGACAGCGACAGCACGCACCUUCUUGUGGAGCCCGAACUGGCUGGAAAAGGCUUGAAGGUGGCAUCCGAAUUGAAGCUGAAGGGCUUUUUCACCACGGGCUUCGCCGAUGGAUUCAUAUCUAUGGAGCCGUUUGCAGAGUUGGAUGAAAGUUUGUUUCGAGAGGUGCCCGUUGCCGACCCACAAGAGUGUCUCUUUGCCAUCAUCUACACGUCAGGAACCACUGGUCUCCCAAAGGGCGUUGAGCUGACGCACUACGGUUUUCUGGCCAACAUUGGAAUGUCACGGUGGACCUUUCCAUGGGAUGAUUCCGACGUCGUUUUGCUGCCGACUCCGAUAACGCAUGGAAGCGGCAUACUGUCAGUCACCAUCAGCGUCCUUUUGGGCACAACAUGUGUCAUCGUUCCGCCUAACUUGAGCCUUGCGGAUGUGUCAAGGGCUGUGGAACAGCACAAGGUACAGGAAAUACCAUAUUUGCCCGGUUCUGAGCGUCUGUACUGCUCCCCCGUCGCUCUGCAGCCACAAACCCAGGACUCGCAUCGUGACCUGCAGCCGUGCUGUUGCCCUGGCACCUCCAGACUCUCGUCGGCUGAAAUGCGGCGCACAGGCCAACGGCUCGCAGGACUACGACGCGUGUGCACCGGCGGCAUGCCUCUCUCUCAAGAGCAGUACAAGUCAAUGCAUGAGACAUUCGGCGAGGGGCUUCAAGUGCUGGCGAACGUGUACGCCAUGACCGAGGCGACGGCGUUGCUCUGCUCUCCUUCCCGGGAACACGCCACUGGCGUGGACAUGGGCUUCCCAGCGCCGGCGGACAAAGUUCAAGGUGGGCUCACGUGUUGUAGCUCUGAGACUUACUGGCCCCACGUAGUCGACAGAAUGACUGAUAAGCGAUUGGGCCCCUACCAAACCGGCGAGCUCUGCUACAAAGCGCCUACAGUUAUGAAAGGAUACUACAAACGACCCAAGGAGACGGCCGAGUUCUUCGACGAAGAAGGAUGGUGCAAGUCAGGCGAUGCAGGCUACUACGACCAGGACGGACGCAUUUACUUUGUUCAACGCUUUAAAGAGAUGAUCAAGUGCAUGGACAACCAGGUUGUGCCCGCAGAGCUCGAAGAACUCUUGCUGCGGAAGCAUUCGGCGGACAUCGUCGAGGUGUGCGUCGUCGGCCUACCGAACCCCAGCUACGGAGAAGCACCGGCUGCCGUGGUCGUGACGCGAUGCGCAGAAGUCACGCAGGACCUCCCCGAAUUGUCGACGCGGAUCAAGAAGACAGUAACGGAAAACUGCGCAGUGCACAAACACCUGUAUGGCGGCGUCUUCUUUGUCGACUCCAUUCCAAAGACCGAAUCCGGCAAGACAAACCGCCCUGCUGUGCUGAAAAUGUGCGUUGCCUAACAUAAGGUCCUUCUCGAAACUCACAUCAGUACCUGUAUAACCGUGAGCAUAUCAGCUGAAAGACUCAAUGGAGCCCAAAUGAUAUGCUCAGAAUAAUCACCGAUCUGUAAACAUAACUGUAAUUAUCGGAAAUGCUCACGCACUUAGGAUUCCGAAAAUCAAUUUUUUCAGUUUUAGUUAUCAAUAAAGCUAGACCGUUUAUUUGGGGGCCUCCGGCAUUUAUUUCAACGAAACAGUUACCGUUCUUCAGCAAUAACUUGUGUUUGAAAUAUAGCACUGCACGGGCUCGGGCUUACCCGAAAGCCCGGGCCCAGCCCGGCCCACGGGCUGCCUUACUAGGGCCGGCCCGUGGCCGGGCCGGGUAGGGCAGUUUUUUCACGGGCUCGGGCCGGGCUCGGCAUGUGCUUUUUGACCCGGGCCCGACCACAGCAUGUGCUUUUUGACCCAGGCCCGGGCCGGGCUCGGACUUUCUGGUGGUGUGCAUGUAACGUGCAGCGAGUUAUCCUCGCGCAUCUCGACUCUGAAAAACCUGUUCCCACGGUGCAGCUGGAAGCUAGCAGUGCUACUCCUGUGUACUUCCCUUUUAUUCUUCCGUCGUAUUUGGCGCUGUUUGAACAGAAUGUCAAACAGAACAGAAAGACCGAAGUUGCCUGUAUUCCUUACCUAAGUCAAUGUAAAUAAUGUUUUCAACGCGGUGCAAGCGCGUUCGCGACUUGCUGAUUCUUCAAAGGCGAUUGGUAAAACGAUGACUUGUAAGAAAAGAUAAAUUCGCCACGCGGCUGAAAUAUGUCACUACGUCCAUCCAUGAUUACAUGCAUGUUCUCAACCGGCCGCCUAGCAGCAGCGCAUUGCACUGCACCAUGGACGAACGAGAAGCUUUCUUUCUCCAUUUACUCCAUCCAUGCGCUGCGCUCACGACUGGACGUGGCUGCGCUUCGGCUAUAGCGCACUAGAGAAUACGGUUGAGUGAGACGGGCGGCUGCGGCGGGACAUGCUUUGCAGUGAGGCGCCCGACGUGGGAAAAUGCUGUGGCGGCGCUGAGAUAGAAGUGGAUUGGGCCGCAUCAAGGUCGCGCCAUUGGACACUGCUUGCGAUACUGCUCGGCAGGGUCAUUCGUACUACUUCGCGCGCUGGUAUUUGCGUUCAGAACGCUCAAAUGGUGUUUCUAAUUGCAUAUGACA